GCGGGGGCGUCUGAAGCGCACUCUGUGUGUGGCCAUGUAAACCCUCCUCUGGCCCUGUGAUUGGCUCCUCGCUCGCUUUCGCCUGGCACAUGACCAGGACUGUUUCCGCUCUUCUGACUGCUGUCCUUCUGCCAUACUGUCCGGUUGAGAUCUUCUCUCCGGCCUAGCAAGAGUUGGAAGUCGGUUGAACAUCUCUUCACAAGCACUUCUAAAACCAACUCUUCUACCUCAUACCUUUAAAAUGUCUUUCCGUAACGGAUCUUCUUACAAGCCCAGCGGCGGUGGUGGCUAUGGAGGCGGCGGCGGAGGAAGUAGAUUUUCUGGCGGUGACAGCGGUUACGGAAAGAAAUCUUUUGGCUCUAGCUACAAAAAUGACUUCGCCUCCAGGACAACUAAGCCAGACUUCAGCAACCUUACGCCUUUCGUCAAAGAAUUCUACCAGCCACAUCCUUCAAUUGCCAGCAGGCCACAACAUGAAAUUGAGGCCUACAGAGCCAAGCAUCAAAUUACCGUUAAGGGAAAGAAUGUACCUGACCCCAUCAUGAAGUUUGGUGAGGUUAACUUCCCAGACUAUGUUGAAGCCCAGAUCCUGCGUGAAGGUUUCACUGAACCUACCAGCAUUCAGGCUCAGGGUUGGCCCAUUGCUUUAAGUGGUCGCAACAUGGUUGGUGUUGCCCAAACUGGAUCAGGCAAAACUCUGGCCUACGCUCUGCCUGCAAUUCUGCACAUCAAUGCCCAAGAGCGCCUGAAGCAAGGUGACGGUCCAAUUGCAUUGGUACUUGCUCCAACCCGUGAAUUGGCCCAGCAAAUUCAAGUUGUGGCCCGAGACUUCGGAUCAUCUACACAUGUUCGCAGCACUUGCGUGUUUGGCGGUGCCCCAAGGAGGCAGCAAGCUUACGAUCUCCGACGUGGUGUUGAGUUUUUGAUUGCCACACCUGGCCGUCUCCUUGAUUUCUUGAGUGAAGGUACUACAAAUCUGCGCCGUUGCACCUACCUGGUCCUGGAUGAGGCUGACCGUAUGUUGGACAUGGGUUUUGAACCCCAAAUCAGGAAGAUCAUCGAGCAGAUCAGGCCUGACCGCCAAGUACUUAUGUGGUCUGCUACCUGGCCCCAGGAAAUCAGGAAUCUUGCCAACACAUUCCUUGGUGACUUCGCCCAGGUCAACAUUGGCUCUCUCGAACUGAGUGCCAACAAGAAUAUUCUUCAGAUUGUUGAUGUUUGCCGUGAAGAUGAAAAAGAAAAGAAAUUGUACGCUCUCUUGCAAGAAAUUGGUCAGGAAAAUGAGAAGAAGACCAUUAUCUUUGCCAUGACCAAGAGGAAAGUAGACAAUCUGUCCAGAAUCAUCAGCCGUGCUGGAUGGAGAUCUGGUGCCAUUCAUGGUGACAAAUCUCAAGCUGACAGAGAUGCUGUAUUAAGAAGUUUCCGUUCUGGAAAGAUUGACAUCUUGGUUGCAACUGACGUUGCUGCCCGUGGUCUUGAUGUGGAUGAUGUUAAAUUUGUGGUUAACUAUGAUUACCCAAGCAACUCAGAAGACUACAUUCAUCGCAUUGGGCGUACUGGUAGGUCAUCUAAGACUGGUACAUCCUAUGCCUUCUUCACUCAAGAAAACAGCAGACAAGCUCGUGACCUUGUCAAUGUUCUGAAAGAAGCAAACCAAGUGGUCAGUGCCGAGCUUGAGGGCAUGGCUUCCCGAGGUGGUGGUGGCGGUGGCUACAGAGGUGGAUAUGGAAACCGCUAUGGUACCUUCAAGGGAGGAUUUGGAGGUGGCCGGGAGAACAGAUUUGGAGGCGGUGGCGCUCGUAAAUCUUUUGGUGAAAAGCGUGACUUUGGGAAUAGCAAUGGCUAUGGUGAGAAGUCUCACAAAAAGUUCUCAGAUUAUUCAUGAACAUCUUUAAAUUUAAAUUAAUCCUACCGGGCAAGACUGGCCCUGGAUCAACAGGGUUAGAUAAGCACUUUUCCUCUCUUCGCUCUGCAAGAGUGACAUCUGAUAGCUGCAUAGCUGUAUCAGCACUAUUAGUAUAUUGGUGGAGUUAUGUUCUUCAGACUUCAGUCAUGCAAAGCUGUGAUCUAUUGUUUGUUAUUGCUUUAUGUUUUCUUUUAGUUUCUUACCAUUCCAAAGAUUUUUUUUGGAUUUCUUAGUAUUUAUUGUGGCUAGAUGGAGCCUAAUUACACUCUAGGUUGUUUUGACAUGAUCUGUAUUUACAAGUGAAAGAUAUUUACUUGUUAUGCGUUAUUGAGUGUACUUUUUUUUCUGAAGGUCUCACCGGACAUGUAUGGCAAAAGUUUGACUCAUUCCUUUUAUAGUAGAGAAAAUAAAAGAAUCAGUUGGUAUCACCACAAAUCUGAUUGUUUUAUGAAAAGGGAAACCAACUAUGCAGUAUUAACAAUUUUUUCCGUUUUUGCUGCUUGGCAAAUAAAACAAGUGUUCCCAAAAAAA